GAGUUUCCUGAUGUUUACAAGGAAAAGCCCUUGAGAUGGACGAUCAGGACAAGUGCCGCAUCUGUUCCUGCUGCAUUGAGUGCAAGGAUGAGGCAUACAACUUGCUGCAACUGCCCGAGGUGGCCGCAAUGUUCACCGCCUGCACAGAUUUGGUAGUGGACCCCCAAGAGGAGGACUUCUUGCCAAGCGAGCUGUGCAGCGGCUGCUACGGGGAGCUGGAGAAGUACCAUUCGUUCCGCAAACUCUGCAUAGAGGCCGACAAUAAAUGGCGCUUGCAGAAGAAAAGCGCUUGCACACUGGUGGAAUUGGAGUUUACACUUGUGGAAUCAGAGGACGGGUUUGACGAUGUGGACGACAUGCCGCUCAGCACAUUGGAAACGAAAAGCCCUGGGCCCCCCCUUGAAGCCACCGAGGUGGUGCUGGUCGAUGGCGAAUUCCAAGAGAAAAACCCUUGCCAAAGAAUAAAAAGAGGAAAUAAGGAAAAGGUAGAGAAAAAGGCAGGGAAACGGACGAAGACAAAUCCUAAAGAGGUUCCGCCAACGGAAGAGCCGGGUGCGAGCUACAAGUGCGACACCUGCUCGAAAGAGUUUGUCGAUGACAGUCGCCUGCAGGCGCAUAUGCGAGAGCACGAUGGCCACCUGCUCUUUCCCUGCACAGAGCCUGGCUGUGACAAGAGCUUCAGUCGGCUGCAGGACCUUAAUGUACACCUGCGGGAGCAUGAGGGCACGGGCACGUGGUACACCUGCAACCAGGAGGGCUGCAGCAAGAGCUACCGCCACAAGGGCACUCUGGUGAUGCACAAACGCCAGAGCCAUGGAAUCGGACCGAAGCUCAAGUUGCACGUGUGUGAGUUCUGCGGCAGGGUCUUGAACAGCCUGGCUGCCCUCAACCACCAUCGGUUCACGCACAAGGACAAGCUGGUGAAGCCGUAUGCCUGCGAGGAGCCGGGCUGCUCUGUACGCUUCCUCAGCGAGGAGAAGCUCAAGGUGCACAUGAUGCGGCACAGGGGCAUCAAGAACUUCACGUGUCCCCACUGCGGCGCCAAGAAAACAACAAAGAAUGAGCUGAAGCUGCACAUCAACUAUCACACGCUGGAGCGCACCUGGCCCUGUCCGCACUGCUCCAAGGUGUGCAACAGCUCCACCAGCAGGAAAAUGCACAUUCGCACGAACCACGAGAAGACCAAGAGCUAUGCCUGCAGCAUCUGUGACAAGAGAUUCACCAAGCCGGACACGCGGAAGUACCACGAGCUGACGCACACGGGGGAGCGGAACUACGGGUGCGCAGUGUGUGGCAAGCGGUUCGUCCAGCCUGCGGCCCUGCGCACCCACCGAAAGAUCCAUGAGCGGGAUCAGGCAAAGGCUCCUGUUGUUAAGGUUGUGGAAUCCUAAUUGAGAGGCAGAUCCCAGGAGUUAUAGUAUUUGAAUUCUUUCAAGCCAUAGGUUAGAUCAUUGACAAAUCAUACAUUUUGAUACAUUUGUUGUUUUUUUAGCCACGUUGAAUAUUAGUUUGCGGUCUC